CACACCUACUCCUACUCCUUUUGUGGUUUCUCAUAUCACAAACACACACACUCACAUACCAAAAAAAAAAAGUGUGUGUUGUAUUGGUGUGUCUACAUCAUAUUUUCAUUUUUCUUUUUUAUGGAAAAACACAAGUGCAAAUAUUGUUAUAGAAGUUUCUCUAACGGAAGAGCAUUAGGCGGACACAUGAGAUCACACAUGAUGAACCUACCCAUUCCUCCCAAACCAAACGACUCAUCUCCAUCACCACCACCACCGCCGCCACCACCACCACCACCAACAACAACGAUUCAACUCAGUUUCGAAGCCGAGUCAGAUUCAUCUCCUUCAUCGUCAUCUCUCUAUAGGCUAAGAGAGAAUCCAAAGAGAAGCUUCAUUUUCACAGAUCCCAAUCAAUUCAUCGACGCCGGUUCUAUAAUUCUCCAAGAAAGCAGAGAAAGCGAAACCGAAACCGAGUCGUCGAAAAAUCCAACUCGUCCACGAUCCAAACGAGUCAAGAAACUCGACACGGCGAAACCGAACGAGUCGGUGCUGAGUUCUUCAUCGGAUAUAACUACCGAAGAAGACAUCGCUUUUUGUCUCAUGUUGCUUUCUCGCGACAAUAACAACAAUUGGCGGUCUCGAACACAAACACAAACACAACAGCACAAUUAUCAAUAUCAUGAUCAAGAACAACAUCAUUAUUACGUCGAUGAAGAUGAAGACGAAGACGACGAAGAAGAAGUCGAAGAAAUGGAAGAAGAAGAAGAAAGUGAAGCUGAAUCUGAGGAACUGAAACCGUUGAAGAAAGUACGAGGAAGAUACAAAUGUGACACGUGUAACAAAGUAUUUCGAUCUUAUCAAGCACUUGGAGGACACAGAGCCAGUCACAAGAAAACUAAAUUAGUUGCUGGCGAUUCAACUUCACAACAUGAUGAGAAAAUUAACAUCGAAAACGUUAAUGUUAAUGUUGAAAAGAAAAUUCAUGAAUGUCCUGUUUGUUUUAGAGAAUUUUCUUCAGGUCAAGCUCUUGGUGGACAUAAGAGAACACAUGGUAUUGGAACAUCAUCAGCAUCAGCAUCAACAUCAACAACAACAAUAGCAGCGGUUACAGCAGCAGCAACAACAAACGUUGAGGUUGUUGUUCGAAGUUCUGCGAAAUUCGGAGAUAGUUUGUUAGAUCUAAAUCUUCCUGCUCCUAUGGAUGAUGGGGAUGGUGGUUCUGCGGUUUCCGAUGCAUAAUUUGUGAAACUUCAAUAAGGUUGAAAAACAAUGAAGAUUUCGUUUUUUUAUGUUUACUUUUUGGUGGUUAAGUUAUGAUGGAUCAAAGGUACACAAUUUUGGUUCUGUUUUUUGUUUUUUAGUUCAUUAGAAAAUUAUAAAUUUGCUCAUUGGUUAGCAAAUUGGGUUAUAUGGUUACUUUAUAGUUCAUACUUUUUUAUUUUAAUAAUGAAUUUAUAUAUGUAAUAAUAA